GACUCAUCAGCUCGUCUGAGAUAAAUAUACCCAGGGAAUCUAUAUAUACAAGCAACCAUGAGACCGAAGGACAGUUUGCGUAGGAAUAAUGCUCUGUGAUCGUUCUCUACAAUAAAGUGAAUUUGUUUUCAUAAUUAGUAAUUAUGGCAGCGCCAUUGGCUGCAUUGCAACUGAGCUCACCACCUAGUCUGGAGAAAAACAUUCAUAUCAAGGAGAAAAAUUUAGGAAGGAUUCCACAUAACCGGGAAAAUGAUAUACUUCCUUUACAUUCACCCUGGACUUUUUGGCUCGAUAGAUCUCUGCCAGGAACAACAGCAGCUGAGUGUGAGUCGAACUUGAAGAAAAUCUACACAGUGGAGACAGUACAGAAUGAAAAAGGAGAGUGGAGGUUAGUGAAAUCAAACUGUUAUCAGGGCUUCUUCCUUCCUGUGUUUGUCACUAUGAAUAUUUGGUAAUGCUUCUGGUUUGCUCACAGGGAAGAAGAAAGCAAUGCUAAAGGCGGUGUUUGGAAAAUGAAAGUACCAAAAGAAUGUACUUCUGUGGUGUGGAAGGAGCUGCUAUUGGCCACUAUUGGAGAACAGUUCAGUGAUUAUUGUGCCUCAGAGGAUGAAGUAGUUGGGGUCAGCAUCAGUGUAAGGGACAGAGAAGACAUAGUUCAGGUCUGGAAUGGGAAUGCUUCCUGCGCCGAUGAGUCAAAGGUCUUGGAAAAGAUCUACGAGCUCCUCCCUGAGACACCUUUUAAAGCUGUAUUUUAUAAACCACAUGAGGAGCACCACGCUUUUGAAGGAGGUCGAACAAGACACUAAAUGUUUUUGCACAUUAGAGGUUUUAGGUUGUACAACAAUCUUUUCAAUUGGUCACAGAUCACUCAGGAAGAUUACAAAUCACCUUAGAUCUUAUGUAUUACCUCAGCCUAGCUAAAGUAUUUUCAAUCAAUAUAAUUUUAGUUAAUCCAAGCACCACUUGCAUUACAAUGUCCUGCUAAUAUAGUUUGAUACACCAUAGUGUAUGAUUGUUUUAUUAUCUUUGAAUGUAUUUCUGUUGUUUUUUCUGUUUUUUUUACCUCGACCUUUUACAAAUGCAAAACAGAGUAGUGAUUUUCAGAGGCUUUCUAAUGAAAUGUGCAGUUUAGAUCUUUUAAACUGUUUUUCUUAUUCAGUAGAAGUGAAUAAGCAAAAAAAUCACAAUCUACAGUGUUGUAUCUAUAUAAGAAUUAUUCUAUAUUUUUUGUCUUUAAAGGUAUAGUGAAAGAUUUUCAUGAAUUUUUGAAAAGAACCACCCUCUCCACUUUAAACAAAAAAGCACAUGCACAAACCUGUACCCGCUCACAAGAUGGAACGCCUAUGAAACUCGUGCGAGAGCAUGCACGAGCACGUCUCCUCAUGCACACCCUGUAAAAGUUGCUGUUUCGCUCAAAAGUUUACUUCACAAAAGAAGAUUUGCAAUUUUGCACUGUCAGACUGACCCCCAGGAAAUAGAACAUUCUCCACUAUACCUUUAAAUGUUAUAUUUUUGGUUACAGAUAAAGUAAACUGUUACAUGCAAUGAAGGAAGUCUUUUGUGUACCAAUAGGCAUUUUAUAGUGUCUAACUCUGCACAUUAUAUUUUAUCUUGUGUUUACUGUAUUUAUGGGAGGGAGAGAGCAUGCUAUUAGAAAAUAGAAUAGAAAAUCCCUUAAUUUUCCCACAAUGGGGAAAUUGUAUUAACAUUCUAUAACCUUAAAGACAGAAUGCCUUGAUUAGAUUCUGGGAACUAGAAUCUAAUUGCAGUUCGCAAACUGCUCUUUUUUUGUGGUUGGCCUUUACACUAAAUGAAGCACUUUGUGUCAUUUUUUUCUUCUUUUUUUUUGUAUGUGUGUGCGAGAUAUUUUAUUGUCACUCCAGUAUUAACUGAGGUUGUUUUACUGGAGACCAAAUGCACUUUGGUUUUGAUGAAAUGUAAAGUUUCUCUGUUUGCAUCUUGUUGUUUUUUUGGCAUGACUUUAAGUUUUUGCUUGUUUUUCUACUAGCAGAAGACAUUGUAUUAAAUUUAUCUGGAUAAUUUAUGUUUUUCUGUAGCGUUGAAAACUGACAUGAACAAAGAAUGCUUGAUCAACAGCAUAACAGGGGGGUUUAUAGCUUGUGUUGAAGGCAUCAAGUGAAUAAAACAGACUAUAAGGGUCAAAGACGGUUUGUUACUUCUGCACCAAAUAUUUUGUAGUUUCUCAGAUAUCCAUAGGUGUGAGUAUCAUUCCAAGUAGUAUGAAUAACUCAUAAUAUCAUAAUAACUGCAUGAUGUGGCCUACAUUUUGGUACUGGAGAUGCUAGUUGUUCCUGCAGAGCUGCGUUAUGCUCAUUACGACUUGAGCAGAGCCAUUUAUAUGUUACAUCUAAAAGAAAAAUCAUAAAUGAAUAAUCUUUAAAAAACACAGUUAACUGAACUCACUUUAUUUUGCCUUAGUAAAUACCAUGUUCAUUAAAGUGAUCACUAUUAUUUAGGAGUAAUAUUACUCUUGUCCUGCACAUAUACUGCUAAGGAAUCACUUGAGAUUGAUCUAGGAUUGUGCCUUGUUUUUAUCAAUUGUUUGUAUUGUUAAAGUUUUAAUGUUUUAAAAUGGUGAAAUUGUGUAUUUGGUCAUGUGUUACUGUUAGAUUUACAUGACUUGGAAACAAAAGAAAUAAAGACUCCCAAACCUAAACUAUUUUGUGG